UUGAAAUAAACGAGAAUGGCAAAGGCAAAAUAACUGCAAAUGAAGUAUGGGGUAUUCUUAGAGGUUUGGAAACGUUUAGUCAGCUUGUCUAUCAGUUCGAUGAUGAGGGCGAGUAUAUGAUCAAUGCAACCUCAAUCACUGACUACCCAAGAUACAAACAUAGAGGAUUCCUUCUCGACACAGCACGUCACUAUAUGCCACUACCGAUCAUCCUAAAGCAUUUGGAUGCUAUGUCAUAUAAUAAGUUUAACGUGUUUCACUGGCACCUCGUUGAUCAUCAAGCAUUUCCGUUUGUAAGCCGCGUCUAUCCUGAGCUUAGUGAAAAGGGUGCGUAUCAUCCUCAGUUAAAAGUGUACAAACCUGAUGACGUCACCCGUGUCAUCGAGUACGCGAGGCUUAGAGGCAUUCGAGUUAUUCCUGAAUUGGACACCCCCGGUCACAUGGAAUCAUGGGGAAGAUCUCAUCCUGAAAUUAUAACAAUGUGUUAUGAAAAUGGAGAACCCUUUGGACGUCUGGGAACAAUAAAUCCUAUAAAGAAUGAGACGUACACUUUCGUAAGAAAUCUCUUUCGGGAAAUUGUUGAAGUUUUUUCAGAUGAUUUUGUUCAUCUAGGAGCGGAUGAAGUAACGUAUGAUUGUUGGAAAAGUAAUCCAGAAAUACAAGCAUUCAUGAACGAUAAAAGUUGGAAUGAAGACUAUAGUAGCCUUGAAGAGCUUUAUCAAACCAAACUUUUUCAAAUCAUUACUGAUUUGAAAGCUAAAUACAUUAUUUGGCAGGACCCUAUUGAUAACAAUGUCACCGUAAACCAGGAUACGAUCGUACAGGUUUGGAAAGAUCCUUCACUUGAUCCAAUUCUUCCCCCUUAUCGAGAAGGCCUCGAGAAGGUAACCAAGCUAGGUCUAAAAACAAUCCUGUCUGCACCUUGGUACCUAAACUACAUCAGCUAUGGUCCUGACUGGAAAAACUUUUAUCAAACGGAACCUGAGGAUUUCAACGGCACCGCUGAACAAAAGAAGCUGCUGAUUGGUGGGGAAGCAUGUAUGUGGGCGGAGUAUGUUGAUGGCGGAAAUGUUAUUCCAAGAAUAUGGCCAAGAGCAGCUGCAAUAGGAGAGCGGCUAUGGAGUGCUAAUGAUGUGAGAGAUGUAGACAUGGCAAACGUUCGCCUGGACCAACAGCGAUGCCGUAUGGUUAGACGUGGAAUUAACGCUGAACCCAUCGCACCGGGCUACUGUGGUAGAUAUGAGUACGCUAUGAACGAUCCGUGGGGUAGUGAUCAGACGAAUGAGGCCUCAGUAAACACUCCUUUCCACAUAGGCAUAAUAUAUAUGAUGGUGGCACUUGUUUGUUUUAGCAUAUUUUAGCGUUUUAAUCGUUUUACUGUAAAUACCUCAUUUGAAUAUUCGGAGCAAAUAUAAACACUUAAGUGUAUUAAAUAAAUAGCAGGAAAAAAAUAACAAUUUUAAUCCUUUACAUCACGAUGCGCAUUAGGAAAUUUACCCUAAAACAUGAGUUAUGAAUAUCUUAGUAAAAAUAUAGUUAAAUGGCAGUGUUUCCUUAGUAAAUAUAAAAUAAUAAUUACAUUUUUUUUAUUAAAAAAAACGUAUUGUCGAAAUUGGAAUUUACACUCAACACGCUGCGAUCGAAAACACCUCUGUAAUUACGUUCAAUUACGUAAACUAUUAUAAUGCUACAGCAUUUCAUUUGUUUCGUAUUAUUAGGUAUUUGUAUUCGUGUAUGUAUUUAAUUAUUUUAAUGAGAAUGAUUUUGUAAUUAAAUAUUCUAGAAUGAAUAAGUUGA